UCCAGAACCCCGCGGCCCCAGCGCCUAGGCUCGCCUGCUCAGGUCCUGGCUCUGGGGCUGCUGCCAGGGCCGGCCCGGCUCCGCGCAGGCGGGCGGAGGCGGGCAGGAAGCGCCGCGCCGCGCCGCAUCCAGCGAGCCAGGGACUCUGGGAGCCAGCGGGAGACGCCGGCGUCCGCCCCGCCGGGCUGCGGCGACCGGGCGCGGGUAAAGGCCUAGUUGGCUCGAGCGCCCCUCCGACCCCGGCUGAGCGGCUGCCCUUGGCCAGGGCACAGGCGGGCGGGGAGCCGGGACCGGCAAGUGCCACUGGGAGUUCGCGGCCGGAAACAAGGGAACUGGAUAGAAGGUGGUGGUAAGUCUCCCAGGUUCUGAACUUCUCUCUCAGGAUGAGGUGGAGAUACCGUUUGCCCAGGGCCUCUUGGUGCUCUGGUCUGGGAAGAACAUCCCGGCCACCGGAUGAGCGUAUCCCCUUCCUGACCCACUGGAGUUGGUCCCUUAAACGGGAGCCUCCCCUUGAACCUCUUAGAGCCUUUACACGCCACCAUGGAAGCUCAGCAGACAGUGCUUCCCCAUCAGGGAGGCAUGGACAGGUGUUCCGGAGCAUCUCUGCAGCUGAAGCUAUCCAGCGGCACCGCCGGAAUCUGGCUGAAUGGUUCAUCCGGCUGCCCAGAGAGGAACGCCAGUUUGGUCCAACCUUUGCACUAGACACAGUCCAUGUUGACCCUGUAAUUCGUGAGAGUACCCCCGAUGAGCUGCUUCGCCCAUCUGCGGGGCUGGCCCAGGAGCAUCAGCCACCUCCAGCUGGGCUACCUACACUGGCCCUGUCUCAGCUCUUUGACCCGGAUGCCUGUGGACGCAGGGUGCAGACGGUAGUGCUAUAUGGGACAGUGGGUACAGGCAAGAGCACGUUGGUGCGCAAGAUGGUCCUGGACUGGUGUUAUGGGCGGCUACCAGCUUUUGAGCUACUCAUCCCCUUCUCCUGUGAAGACCUGUCAUCCCUGGGACCCACCCCCACCUCUUUGUGCCAACUUGUGACCCAGCGCUAUACUCCACUGAAGGAGGUUCUGCCCCUGAUGACUACUGCUGGAUCCCGCCUUCUGUUUGUGCUCCAUGGCUUGGAGCGUCUCAAUCUUGACUUCCGAUUGGCAGGCACAGGGCUUUGUAGUGACCCUGAGGAACCAGGGGCACCAGCUGCCAUCAUGGUCAACCUGCUGCGCAAAUACAUGCUGCCUGAGGCCAGCAUUCUGGUGACCACCCGUCCCUCUGCCAUUGGCCGCAUCCCCAGCAAGUAUGUGGGCAGAUAUGGAGAGAUCUGUGGCUUCUCUGAUACCAACUUGCAAAAGCUCUAUUUCCAGCUCCGCCUCAACCAGCCGGAUUGUGGACAUGGUGCGGGUGUCUCAGCCACACCAGCUCAGCGGGACAACCUGGUGCAGAUGCUCUCCCGAAACCUGGAAGGGCACCACCAGAUUGCCGCUGCCUGCUUCCUGCCCUCCUAUUGCUGGCUUGUCUGUGCCACCUUGCAUUUCCUGCAUGCCCCCACACCUGCUGGCCAGACCCUCACAAGCAUCUAUACCAGCUUCCUGCGCCUCAAUUUCAGUGGGGAAACGCUGGACAGCACUGACCCCUCCAAUUUGUCCCUGAUGGCCUAUGCUGCCCGAACUAUGGGCAAGUUGGCCUACGAAGGGGUGUCCUCCCGCAAGACCUACUUCUCUGAAGAGGAUGUCCGUGGCUGCCUGGAGGCUGGCAUCAAGACCGAGGAGGAGUUUCAGCUGCUGCAUGUCUUCCGUCGGGAUGCCCUAAGGUUUUUUCUGGCCCCAUGUGUGGAGCCAGGACACUUGGGCACCUUCGUGUUCACUGUGCCUGCCAUGCAAGAAUACCUGGCUGCUCUCUAUAUCGUACUGGGUUUGCACAAGACAACCCUGCAGCGGGUGAGCAAGGAAGUGGCUGAGGUCGUGGGCCGUGUGGGAGAGGAUGUCAGCCUGGUACUGGGCAUUGUGGCCAAGCUGCUGCCUCUGCGAAUUCUGCCUCUGCUCUUCAACUUGCUCAAGGUGGUUCCAAGAGUCUUUGGGCGCAUGGUAGGUAAGAGCCGGGAGGCGGUGGCGCAGGCCAUGGUGCUAGAGAUGUUCCGAGAGGAGGACUACUACAAUGAUGAUGUUCUAGACCAGAUGGGUGCCAGUAUCCUGGGUGUGGAGGGCCCCCGGCGCCACCCAGAUGAGCCCCCCGAGGACGAAGUCUUUGAGCUCUUCCCCAUGUUCAUGGGGGGACUUCUCUCUGCCCACAACCGUGCUGUGUUGGCUCAGCUCGGCUGCCCCAUCAAGAACCUGGAUGCCUUGGAGAAUGCCCAGGCCAUCAAGAAGAAGCUGGGCAAACUGGGCCGGCAGGUGCUGCCCCCAUCAGAGCUUCUUGACCACCUCUUCUUCCACUAUGAGUUCCAGAACCAGCGCUUCUCUGCUGAGGUGCUCAGCUCCCUGCGCCAGCUCAACUUGGCAGGUGUGCGCAUGACACCUCUCAAGUGCACAGUGGUGGCAGCUGUACUGGGCAGUGGCAGACAUGCCUUGGAUGAGGUGAACUUGGCUUCCUGCCAGCUGGAUCCUGCUGGGCUGCGCACACUCAUGCCUGUCUUCCUACGUGCUCGGAAGCUGGGAUUGCAGCUCAACAACCUGGGCCCUGAGGCCUGCAGGGACCUCCGAGACCUGCUACUGCAUGACCAGUGCCAAAUUACCACCCUGAGGUUGUCCAACAAUCCACUGGCUGCGGCGGGUGUCAGCCUGCUGAUGGAGGGGCUGGCAGGAAAUACUUCACUGACACACCUGUCCCUGCUGCACACGGGCCUUGGGGAUGAGGGGCUGAAGCUGCUGGCUGCCCAACUGGACCGCAACCAGCAGCUGCAGGAGCUCAAUGUGGCCUACAAUGGUGCUGGUGACACAGCAGCCCUGGCCCUGGCCAAGGCUGCCCGGGAGCAUCCUUCGUUGGAGCUACUUCACCUCUACUUCAAUGAACUCAGCUCAGAGGGCCGCCAGGUCCUGCGGGACCUGGGAGGCACUGCUGAAGGCAGGGCCCGGGUUGUGGCAUCGCUGACAGAGGGGACAGCAGUGUCGGAGUACUGGUCAGUGAUUCUCAGUGAAGUCCAGCGGAAUCUAAACAGCUGGGAUCGGGCCCGGGUUCAGCGCCACCUUGAGCUUCUGCUGUGUGACCUUGAGGAUAGCCGAGGCGCCACCCUUAAUCCUUGGCGCAAGGCUCAGCUGCUGCGAGUGGAGGGUGAGGUCAGGGCCCUCCUGGAGCAGCUGGGAGGCCCUGGAAGCUGAGACAGUGGCAGUUGAAACCCAGCUAUGGGACCACUGGCUUCAAAACUUCCUCUGUGACCUCCCAGCUUGCACUACUCCUUCUAGAAUGAUCCCUUCUGCGCUGGUGUCAAAGCAAUGGGCACAGCUGUGUAGGAUGGGGGCAUGUCCAACUAAGUCUGGAAUUCCAGGGUCAAAUAUGGUCAAUCAAUACUGUGGUCUUGAAGAUGGAGUGUGUAUCCUUUCUCUUUGGCUAGAAGGACUAAGGAUGACCAGGCAUUUGGGUGACCAGAUUGCCCCGAGGACCACCACCAACUUUGGUUCCCCCUCUGCUCUGGGAGCCUUUGGUUGUACCACCAAGGGUCACACUUCUUACAUCUGCCAUGCUGGUGGUGUUGCCAUCCAGGAGGUAUGCUGGAGGGCCUCUCUUCCUGCCUUUGCUCAGCUGUGGAUGCUGAGGAUGCCCUCACAUUGGUGCUUUCCCUCACAUUCAUGCUCCCUAUCACACUGGUACCCAUGGCUUGGUGGUCCAUAGGGCCAGGUGUACCCAACUUGUUGCUAUUAAAAAGCCCCAUGUCUCCCACCUACUGUGGCUUCCUCUUUCUUACCUGAUGCUCCCAAGAAAGGGCACUGUUCUUGGCCAUUCUGGGUAAACUAGUAACCAUUUUGUACAGGCUGCCUAACAACCCACUGCUGGCAGCAGGCGUCUCCUUGUUGAUGGAGGGCUAUCGGGAAAUGCCUCACUGACAACCCUGUCCUUGCCGCGCUGGGCCCUUGGGCAUGAGGGGCUGGAGCUGCUGGACUGCAACCAGUAGCUCCAGGAGCUGAACAUGGCCUACCUGGAGCUGGUGACACGAUUCUAGGUUCAGAGGCAGCAGUGGCUGGAGGAACCUACAUAUAAGAUAUCGGGAUGGAUGUUGGCCAUGCUAGGCCACAGAACUGCUGUCACCCCUUUCACACUUACCCCUCUCCCAGGCAUGGGAUUACAGUGGCCAGCAAUCUGUCUUUCUCUGUGCAGAGAGGCAACUGGGUCAGCUGUAGGAUCUCUGGAGAAAGUUGAAGCCCAGAGACUCAAGAGGCUGAGUCAGAAGGAUCGGAAGUUCUAGGCCAGCCUCAGCAACUUAGGCAAGACACUGUCUCAAAAAAAAACUAAAAGGACUGGGGAUGUAGCACCACUGGGUUCAAUCCCCAGUACCAAAAGAAAAAAAAGAAAAGAAAAGAAAGUUAAAGACAGGAAUGGGGACAAAAGAAACACAAACACGUCACAGAGGAUAAGAGUCUCAUCUCCGUUAACCAUUACCCCAUUGCUUCCAUAACAGCGUCUUCAAGGAGGCGGGACUUGGGAGGGGGCAGGUGGGAGGGUCAACUGGUUAUAAUGGACCUUGUCCCUACUCUUGAGCACUGGUUGCUGAUCCAACUAUGGAGGCAGCUGCAGGUAGGAGGCUGGGAGAUAUACCUAGAGGGGACUCUGGGGCAGUCAGAGGGCUGAUUUGGAGGCUCUGGGACUGGGGCAUACUUGAAGUUGGGGCUUGGAGCCCUGAGGCAAACAGACGGAAGUUAGGGAGAAAAAGGUGAGUUGAUAAUGUUUGUCUUCCUGGUCCACACCCUGUACUGAUAUGCUCAGAUUUGUGUAUCACAGACUUGGGGGCAGUGAAAAGGAGAGGGACACACACCCUGUGUAUGACUUUAGUAAGAAAGGAAGACUUUGGGAGCAGAGUGGAGGGCACAAGUCCUGAGUUUUGGGGUUCCCCUAAGUCCUUUCAGUUUAUGAGGGUGGAAAAGGCAUCUGGGGGCAGGAAUGUGCCACUCCUCUUACCCACUUCUUUGUCCAGUAGAUCUUCAGGACACAGCCUCACUAACUCUGUAAGUGGCGUGAGGGACGGGCAAGGGGAGGGAUGAAUUGAAGGUGGAGAAGCUCCUCAGCUGCCAUUAGUUCCUGAAAUAGAGCCUUGGACCCAAGUCUAGCUGCUAGCUUCUCCUACCCACUUCCCCUGCCUCCUUGCAGGAAGUUCAAAUUUAACCCAAAGCUGGGCAUUGACAAUCCUGUCCUCUCCCUGGCUGAAGACCAUGACUGCUCUGGUAACCCCCUUACCCCUGGGCAACCAUUGCCUUUCCCUGGAGAUACUGCAGCUCCAUCUCCUUGGUAACCACUCUGCCUCCCUCUAAUAUCAGUAACUGUGGAGAGGAGGGGGUCAGUGCUUCCUCUGUCCCAGCCAUUCUGCCCACUGGGUGUUCAACCACAGUAUUCCACCUCUCACUGGGUGAGGCAGGGGCUGCCAGGCAACUGAUCUGCACUUGGACUGUGCUCCCCUUCCCUUCCCUCUUUUCUGCUGCCCACCUCCCUUUCCAGAUCCCUGGAACCUGAAGCGGCCUCGCUUCUGUCUGCUGAGCAAAGAGGAGGGCAGGAGUUUUGGUUUCCAUUUGCAGCAGCAGCUGGACAGGCCUGGGCAUGUGGUGUGCAGGGUGGAGCCAGGCUCCUCAGCCCAGCGCCAGGGUCUCCGGGAAGGAGACCUGAUCUUGGCAGUGAACAAUGAUGUCGUGGAACAUGAGGACUAUGUGGUGGUGAGGCUGGGCUGGGACUCCCAGUGGUACAGGAGAGCAUUCCACAGCAUCUCAGGGAGGAAAGCCAGUCAGUCACCUCCUGCGGCACUAUGGCAACAGGGCCAUAAAUCUCCCCACACCCCAGGAUUUAGGGGUGCCCAGGUAGGAAGGGUUGGGUGGAGGCAUCUAGAGAGCUAGUUCUUCAGUGAAUAAUGCAGAUUCCUGGGAGGCCCUCGGUGCUGGCAAGAGGAGCUGUCCCCUUUACCCUGACUUGCCCUCUGUUCAGGUGGUGCGCCACAUCCGGGCCAGUGGUCCCCGGGUGCUUCUGAC